UCAGAUAUCUAAGUCAAUUCAUCCCCUAGUAAGGACUCCACCACUCCACAUAUGUCUGUGUGUAGUAGUAUCUGUUUUUGUUGAGUUAUAUAUGAUCGAUCACCUUAGAAAGAUUGAAAAUUGGAUCAAGAAGAAAAGAACGUUGAGAAGCAGUCUCUAAUUUGUAGCUUGUGUUCUUUUUUUUUUUUUGAAGAUUGAUUGAUUUCUUGAAACAUUUUCUGUUUCUGAUAUAGGUCUAGAAGAAAUAGACACCAAGAUUUUCUGAUAAAGAAAAUGUUGGCAAUCGUCAAGGUUGCCAAUUUAGUGACCAUUUCAAUCGGGAUCAUCCUAUUUUGUCCAUCUUUUCAAUCAUCUCCUCCUGCAGAAGCCAUAAGAUCAACCUCAUUUUCAAUCAUUUCCCAGAAAAAUUCAGUUCCCCACCUGCAGUUUUCCUACAGGAAGUCGGUGCCAUUCAACAACGGAGAAAACAACAAAUGCUUGUCUUCCACUUUCAGCAGCAAUUCUUUGAUGAUGAUCAAUCAUGGCCAUCAUCCCAUGCAAGUGGCAGUAUGCAAUCCUUCUCUUAUUCAUUUAGUAAUGACUCUUGAUACUCAAUUCCUCCGUGGCACAGUUGCUGCUGUUAAUUCCAUUCUGCAGAAUGCUUUCUGCCCACAAAACAUUUUUUUCCAUUUCAUACAUUCGGAUUCUGAUCAUCAUCUUCAAACCCUUAUUAGAGAUAUUUUUCCAUCCUUGAAUUUCAAGGCAUACUAUUUUAACCCUGAAACGGUACAGAACAAGAUAUCAUCCACUAUAAGAGAAACUCUUGAACAGCCACUGAAUUAUGCAAGAAAUUACUUGGCUCAUCUUCUUGAGCCUUGUGUGGAAAGAGUCAUAUAUCUUGACUCUGAUGUAGUUUUGGUUGAUGAUAUAUCAAAACUAUGGAGGACAAGUCUUGGAUCAGCAACUUUGGGAUCACCUGAAUAUUGCCAUGCAAACUUCACAAAGUAUUUCACUCCCAACUUCUGGUCACAGAAGAAAUUCUCCAGAGUCUUCUCUGGCCGGAAACCCUGUUACUUCAAUACAGGUGUAAUGGUGAUUGACUUGGUCAAGUGGAGAAAGUUUAAAUACACAAAGAUGAUUGAAAGAUGGAUGGAGAUUCAAAGAAAUCAGAGAAUCUAUGAUCUUGGAUCAUUGCCUCCAUUUCUUUUGGUAUUUGCAGGAGAAAUUGCACCAAUCGACCACAGAUGGAAUCAGCAUGGCCUUGGUGGUGAUAAUCUGAGUGGUAAUUGUAGGCAACUGCAUCCUGGUCCAGUUAGCCUGUUGCAUUGGAGUGGAAAAGGCAAGCCCUGGAUCAGGCUGGACUCUGGCAAGCCUUGCCCACUUGACAUAAUCUGGUCUCAGUAUGACUUGUAUGGCCAAUCAUUGUAACCAAUAACUGCAUAUUUUCUCUCUGUUUUGCUAAGAUUGGGUUGUUGAAAAGUUCCCAGCUAAUGCCUCAGAUACAUUGGCAAAAAGUUUAAAAAGUAUUUAAUUACUGCAGUUAAGGUCAAGAAGUACAACCAUGUUUGCAUGCACUGCCUGCACCAGUGAUACAGAGAUAAAGAGUUACCUAAGCAUUUGACCAUUGUGACAAUCUCUUUUGACUAGUUAACAGGAAA